GUUUUGUGACAUUUUUUGCGCAUGUCUAGUAGUGCAGACGGGUACAGAGUGUUUUUAAACAGUAUUUCAAGAUGUCUGUUACCGUCGUGUGAAUGUUGUAUAUUAUAACGUUUAAUAAUAUUGAGGUUCAAGUAUUUUAGACCUCUUGUAUCGUCACGGAAGCGUAGCCAACUCUGGAAAUGAGUUCUGCUACCAAACACCACCUAACUCAACAAAUUACAGAACACCCACGAAAAAAAAUUCAGAAAAGUAAUCCAGAAACCAGAUUGAAUCCUUUGAUAUUCUCUGAAGAUUUUAAAACUGCUAUUAAAACUGCUUUCCAAAGAAAAUUGGAAUUGAUCUGUGGUAAAAAUGGAGAAACAGUCUUGGCAGAUCCUUUUCGCUGCUGUGUGUUGCCCAAUUUCAUCAAAGACGACAGUGAGACUUUUCUAGAAGCUCUCAAGAAUGAACUGGUUGAGUUGAAGUUCACUGAGAAAAACAAUGAUUUGUAUAAAUUUCAUCAAUCGGGUGACCUGAAAGAAAUAGAAACACCAUGUAUUAUGGUACUGAAAAAACUACUUUCUGAAAACACCUUGGAGUGGGUGAAAGAAGUUACAGAUAUUCCUCUCAACAACUCGAUAAACAUAUUUUGUUCAAAAUACCAGUAUACUGAUGUUCUGCUUUGUCAUGAUGACGAGUUGGAAGAAAGGCGAAUAGCUUACAUUUUAUAUUUAGUACCACCAUGGACAAAAUCGGAUGGUGGUACUCUUGAUCUCUUUAAUUCAGACAGUAAUGGGCAGCCAUGCAAGAUUGUUAAAUCUUUGUUACCAGCAUGGAAUAAGUUUGUGUUUUUUGAAGUAACUCAUCAGUCUUUUCAUCAGGUGGCAGAAAUAUUAUCAGAAGAUAAAACUCGGCUGUCCAUUAGUGGUUGGUUUCAUGGACCUUCUAUAGUUCGACCAACUCCUGUUAUUGAGCCUCUGAGGGAAUUAUGUACACCAGGUUUUGUUGAAGAAAGAGUGUUGAGAGCUUGGAUUAACCCAACCUAUCUUGAAGAAGAAACUCAAAUGCAAAUACAGAAAAAAUUUCAAACCAGCUCAGAGAUAGAACUUCAAGGGUUUUUACAGGAAGAUAAAUACGAGCUAGUUGCUCAAGCUUUGAGAGACUCCAAUUUAAAAUGGAAUCAGAAAGGACCAGCAAAUAAAAGAAACUAUGAAGAUGUGAACAUAUUAUCCUUACCAUCUGUAGUCCAGCAGUGUCUAAAAGUAUUCCAAUCAGAAGCAAUGUUUCUUACUCUAGCCAACAUGACUGGUCUAACACUUCAUGAACUAUUAGCUUAUGGAGACAGUGACACAGAGAGCAUUGAUGGAAAUACUAAAGCUUUUAGUGAUGUAGAAGAGAAGGAAGCUAGUUAUACCCCUUGUACUACUUCAGAAGUUGUUGAUACCAAAGUUAAACAUGAUAGCAGUCCAGGACAGGGUUCCAGUGGUCAUUCUAAAAGAACUUGUGAUCCUAAAUGUCGUAUGCAAGUACACCAGUGGAAACAUGGGUUCUACACACUUGCUCAUGAUGAAGAUAAGGAAAUGGCAGAAUAUAGUCUUGAUGCUACAUUGUUUCUUAACUGUGAUGAGUGGAAAAGUGAAUAUGGUGGCUUUAUAUCUUAUAUUGCCAAAGGAGAAGAUGAAGAGCUUCUGACAGUCUAUCCUCAGUCUAAUUCCUUGGCACUGGUGUACCGAGACCAUGAAACUCUGCGGUUUGUUAAGCACAUCAAUCAUCGCAUCAGCCAACGCCCCUCAUCCCAACAGAGUUUCAAUGAUAUAUUUUGUGUUUACUAUGAAUAAAAACUUGUACUUGCAACAGAUUAAAUAUGUCUUAUAUUUGUAAA